AUGUCGAAAGAAAAACAAGUCAACACGGAGGAAAAUUCCCCUCCAAAACCAACUUUCCCUGAGGGGGGCUUUAAAGCAUGGAUGGCAGUGUUGUCAUGUUGGUGUGUUAUGUUCAACACAUUUGGAUACAUAAAUGCCUUUGGAGUCUACGAAGCAUAUUAUGGACGCACGCUGCUGAAAAAUGAAAGUGACUCCAACAUUGCUUGGAUCGGCUCGCUCCAAGUCUUCUUCAUGUUCUCGGCAGGACUUAUAUCUGGUCCGAUGAUGGAUCGAUACGGACCCAGGAUCAUCCUCAUUCCAUGCUCGUUGCUCUUCGUCGCAUCAGUCAUGUUGACCAGUCUCUGCAAGGAAUACUACCAAUUUAUCCUUGCUCAUGGCGUCCUAGGAGGCCUCACCAACGGCCUCACAUACACCCCGACGUUAACAGCCGUCAACCAAUACUUCUUCCGUCGUCGACCACUCGCCAUGGGAAUCGCAUCCAGCGGAUCCUCCCUGGCGGGAGUGAUAUUUCCAGUCGCCCUGAACCGCAUGUUAAAUCGCAGCUCUCUUGGCUUCGGCUGGUCGGUACGCAUUCUUGGAUUCCUCAUGCUCGGACUAAGCAUUAUCGCCUGCGCAUCGAUAUCCACAAACGUAUCGAAACGACGCACGGGGCCGCUCUUCCUUCUCGAAGCGUGGAAACACCCUGCGUACACGGCACAGAUAAUCGGCCUCUUCCUAGUCUUCUGGGCGGUUUUCGUCCCCUUCUACUUCAUCCCGGGCUAUGCGCAGUCCAUCUCCAUCACAGUGGACAUGUCAUAUUAUCUCAUUUCCAUCCUGAACGCAGGGUCCUUGGUUGGUCGACUCCUAAGCGGCGUGGUGGCAAACCGCAUCGGGAGAUUUAACACGCUAUCUGGAUCGUCGGUCAUCUGCGGGAUCUUGAUUUUCUGCUGGCUGAGAAUCACUUCUCUAGGGGGUAUGAUUGUGUUUUCUGUGCUGUUUGGGUUCUUCAGCGGGACGGUCAUCUCCCUGUUCACCGCGACGAUUGCUAUGACCGCGCCCAAGCCGAAUCAGAUCGGUUCUUACAUGGGCAUGGCGCUGGGUGUUCUCAGUCUCUCCGGGUUGACGGGGACGCCCAUCACUGGGGCUAUGAUUCAUAACUAUGGGAAUUACGAUGUGGCGAUUAUCUUUGCAGGGGUGGCGUCGUUGUUGGGUGCGGUGGUCAUUUUUAUGGCCAAGGUUCUUUUUGUUGGCGUCAGGGCUGUUGCUUAG